UUAAAGAUAUCCACACCGUCAGGAAAAUGAUGAUGGGAGUCGAUUCCAGUAUUCUUAGAUGUCCAUCUUGCCACAUGCCCUUUGACAAAGGUAAAAAACGACGCCUCAUCGACAACUGUGGUCACGAACGUUGCUACUCCUGCAUGUUCAACUCUGACAGAUGUCCACUAUGUAUCCAGGAACGAACCCCUGAUGACGAAAUUGUGCUCAACCAGCCGUCAACGCCUGUUCGAUCAAGACUCAAAACGAAUGGCCACUUUACAGCGUUCAUGCAAACCCGAUGUGACGCAGGAAAACCAUCUCUGUCCGGAAAAAGUAUCAACACUCUUGACUGGAACCAGAACAACUGUGGACGGUCAACAAUGAAAGUUAGCGCUGAAAUACAUAGUCCACUGUCAGACGACGAAAAUCCACCGUAUUCUGUUGAAAGAGGCGAAGAUACAGCGAAAAAAGAUCUUUUCAUACGCUUUGGCUUGUUGCCUGGUGACAGACCUGAAAUUGACCGAAGUGCUCCACCACCUAGGCCUGGAUCAACCAAUCAAAGCAGCCAUGAGUCAUAUGCAAGCAUUUCGUCACUGGCAAGUAGCGAGGCUAAUAUUGCAGUAUCUACAGACACUAGCCCUAUAUCAACGCUAACAGGUUCUUCUGAAGCAGAAGCCAUAGGAUCACUGGGAGGUUAUAGGACCAAUACUCGCGAUCCGAGUUCUGACAGCAUAGGUUCUUUGAUGAGUACAAGCACGAGCACUUGUCGUAGCACUUCUCCUAUUCCGUUGUGCGCGACGUUUCAUCGCCAUCAUAGUGGAAGAAUUAAGGAGUACAGUCUAUUUAGUAGGCGAAAUUCUGCUGUCAGACGGUCGGAUAGAAGUGUUAAAAGUACAAACUGUUUGGGUUCCAGAGGGCUCAAUCACAGCAACAAGGGAUUGCAAGUCACAUUACAACCUCUGUUUUUUGAUGUGUCACAAAGUGAACCAGACCCCAUCUUUGUUGGCAGAAAUUGGUUGUUGAAGGAAAUUGAACAGUUUGGAAAAACGGCUAUAGCCCUACAAAUUGUUGAUCACAGCGCAUUUGGUUCUAAGAAAGACGAACACAUCUACCAUGAUAUAUCCAAUGAUAGUGGGGAUUAUAUGUCAAUCAGCAGUAAUGCUGGCACAUACCUCUACCAAUCUCGACUCAGUUUAACUCAGGAAACAGCUCGAUCUGUUGGUGGCCACGUGGUAGCGUACCACUUCUGCCAGGUCGACAACAACGUCACUUGUCUGGUCCCAGAUUUUGUUCACAGCAUAGCUUCUCAACUUUGCCUCGCCCCACAACUGGUGGCUUAUAGAGAAUUCUUAGUGCAAGAACCAAGAUAUCAGCAGCUUUUGAGCAUGACCUCGUGUGUUAGCAAUGCUUCAGAGGCUUUUGUACGUGGUGUCCUCGAGCCACUGAAUACGUUGAGAAGAUUUGGUAAGAUUCCUAACACCACGUGUCUCGUAGUGGUUGAUGGACUAAAUGAGGCAGAAUACCAUAAACCAGACUUUGGUGACACGAUUGCAUGUUUCCUGUCUAGACAUAUACAUCAUUUUCCAUCAUGGUUAAAGGUAAUUGUAACUGUACGCCCGGCUUUCCAGGAAGUAACAAAGACGCUUCCUUUUCAUCGGAUCUCACUAGACAAACUUGCAACUAAUGAUAAUCUGAAGCGCGAUAUAUACGACUACGUUAUGUAUCGGUUAGGAUCCAGCCACUCCAUCCGUGAAAAUAUUACAGUAAGUAAAGGACAAGGAGAGGCAGCAUCCCAUACGAGGUUUGCCAACCAUCUGGUGUCAUUAAGCAAAGGUUGCAUGCUGUACAUAAAACUCGUACUAGAUCUUAUUGAGAAGGGCCAUCUAGUGGUGAAAAGUAGUAGCUACAAAGUGAUACCUGUUAGCUUGAGUGAAGUGUACUUAUUAUCCUGUAAUCUCAAAUUUACCACAAUCAAGGCUUAUGAAAGAGUCAGCCCUCUACUGCAGGUCAGUCUAGCAUCUCUCUAUCCUCUGAAGCCAGUUGAAUUGUUUCAUAGUGUGAAUGCUGGAAUUAUUGACCAGCCUCUCGCGUGGGAGAAAUUCUGCCAACAACUAGAUAUACUGCUCAGUGGUCAGUUUUUAGUCAUUCGACAGGACCAGUCUCUGAUGUUCUCUCAUCCAUGCUUAAGAGAGUGGCUAAAGAGAAGGGAGGGAAAUGAAAAUACCAAAUUUUUAUGUGAUGUCAAGAAUGGUCAUGCUCUGAUUUGUUUACGAAUGAGUCGGUCAGAAGCACCUCUGACUCCGGAGCAGUGUUUAGAGUUAGGUCACCAUAUGCUUAUGGCACACAUUUACAGAUCAACUGCUAAGGAGACAUUAGCACCAGAGUUGGCUCCUCGUGAUUUACAAGCAUACUGGAUACAACAAAGUACUGAUGAUAUUACAGCUGCAUUGACAACUAUACGCAAUGUGUACAGUCCAAAUGUGAAGGUUAGUCGAUUACUUCUUUUAGCUAAGGCAGAUCCAAAUGGAAGAACUGGACAAAUGGGGAAUGCUCCAUUUCUUGUAGUUGCUGCCUAUGAAGGGAUACUAGAAAUGGUUGCAAUUUUGCUUGAGUUUGGUGCCAAUCCUAGUGCUACUAAUGACUUUGGCCAAGAUGCUCUUUGUUUAGCCAGCCAGAGAGGUCACCUUGAAAUUAUUUGUCUUUUGUUGAGCAGAGGAGCUAAGAUAAAUCAAAAUGAUAAAGGGGGACAGUGUUCUUUGGUGUAUGCAGCUUUCCAUGGACACCUAGAAGUGGUCAAUUACCUUGUUCAGUGCGACUGGUCACUAAACAGCAAGGAAGGUCCUCAACUGGAACAAGCUGCUCAACAGUCUCUUGUAUCAGCAGCUUUUAGUGGCCAUGCAGCGGUUUGUGAACUCAUACUAAACAUGACCAAGGUCGGAAUUAAUGAUUCAGAUGACGUUACUGGUCACACACCUUUAACUGCAGCUUGUUUGGCAGGACAGAGGAAAGUAUGUGAAAUGUUGCUUCGAAGAGGUGCAACAGUUUUCACAACUAAUCAGUUGAGAGAACCACCACUGACGUGUGCUGUAGCUGAGGGCCAUUGGGAAAUAGCUGAACUUCUAUUGAACUAUAAAGCUGCUCUGGAACAACCUGACAAAACUGGCAAGACUUCACUCAUACUGGCUGCCAGUGAAGGACAUUUAGGCCUUCUAGAGCUACUACUAUCUAAAGGUGCUCUCCCUAACAACACAGAUAAAGAUGAGUUAACUGCCUUAUCUUGGGCUUCAAUUAAAGGACAGUUACAAGCUGUACAAUGUCUUUUAAACCAUAGUGCCAAUGUAAAUCAUGUUGACAAAAAUGGUCGGACACCGCUGGACCUGGCUGCUUACAAUGGGGAUCCAAGCGUUGUAAAACUGUUGAUGGACCAAGGUGCAGUUGUAGAGCACGUGGACUUCACUGGCAUGAGACCUUUGGACCGAGCCAUUAGUUGUCAAAAUUUGGCUGCAGUUAAUUGUUUUCUUCAGAGAGGAGCCAAAAUUGGCCCCCAGACCUGGGCUAUGACUGAGGGCAAGCCUGAUAUGUUGUUGCUUUUGCUGAAAAAACUUCAUGAAGAUGGAACGACUCUAUACAAGAAAGGCCGACUGAAGGAAGCAGCGUACCGUUACCAGUAUGCCUUGAAAAAAUGCCCUAGUGAUGAAACCAUGAAGGAUUACUUCCAAGCAUUUCAACAAGUCAAGUUCCAAUUGUAUGUGUUUCUGUCCAAAUGCAAACGGAAAAUAAAUGAUUUUAACGCUGCUAUUGAAGCAGCUGAUCAGGCUAUUUUGGUGAAGCCCAAAUCUAUUGAUGGUUAUUACACCAGAGCACGUGCUAAGCAUGAAGCAGGACAAACGGAAUCCGCCCUCCAAGACAUUUCCGAAGGUCUACAUCUUACCAGCGUAAGUCACGAAGCAAGGAAAAUUUUACUCCGAUUUAAGGAAGAGAUUAACAGCAGUCACGGGGGCACGUCUCUUCCGCCUAGCCACGAGGACACUACACUUCCGCAUAACCACGAGAGCGGGAAGGAAAGUUAUACAACAGAUGAAAUUUCACGUGACCUAGAGAGAAGUCUGGUUGAACUGAAAAGUUUCAGUGUAUCUACGGACACUAUUGAUCAUCUGUAUGGUUUGAUAACUGGACCCAGUGUCUCCGCCCAACGGGAGCCCAAAGGAUCAGUCGACCCAAAAGUUCAUGGUUUUAAAACAGCUAUUUGAAUGUUACAGUCAAUAUACUGCGUGGAUAUAAAUUAACACACUUGAAAACACGUGUUUUUCACUAAAACUGUUCAUGUAUUAGAAGAAUACCGACUAUUGUAUAUAGGUGUAGUUAUAUAUAUAUAUGCGUGUGUUGUUUUCUUCCUAUUCUAUUCUCAUGAAAGUAAUGGUCGCUCUGAGUGUCGUUAUUUACCUACUAGUCUAAGAAGGAUAUUCUCAGAGUUUAAGUUUCACCGACGAAAUUGAGUAAGAUAUUUAUAACUGUCGCCGGCGAAAAUGAUGGUCGUUCAGUGUGUUCACUGUUAAAAGCUGAAAUGAAAAAAAGAAGCUCUCGGUGCAUCAGGAUUUCCGUGCGAAUAGUUUCUUUAUGUUUUAGUAAAUAACAAUGGUGUGGGUCACGUGGAACAUUAUUUGUUCAAACGAUCCCUAGUUAAUUGUAUAUGGUGCAUUCCAAUUAAUCCCCUAAUAGAUCAAAUGUCGUGGGAUUUCAUUAGUGUAUACAUAGCUUAACUUCGUUCAAGCUUAUCAGUUGCUUGCUAUCUCAUAGAUGUUAAAUUGUUAUUCCUAUGUAUUAUCUGGAAUCAUUUGAAUUUAAAUUAAUUUUUAAAAGAACUUACAAUAAUGUUCAAUACAUGUUUCAACUACUUAGAAUAAGUUAAGUUUCGUUAACAGCCAUAGUUGCUAUGGACUUAAUAAUGGUCUAUACGAGUAGAUUUAGUAAAGGUUUGUGAUGUAUGUUAGCAUCAAACCAAUGAUCUAAAAAUGAUGUUCAGAAGUUACAGUAGUAUAUAGCAUAUACUGAAUUAAUUAAUUUCAUUUUUACAUAUUGUAUAUAAAAAUGUCAAUGUUUGCUACUUUAUAUAAAGCCAGAAAAAUGUAUGGCCAAUAAUUUUACUUUGCUAAAAUGCAUUUAUUUGUUUUGAUACAGUUUGAUUUACAGGUUGUUUCACU